CAACAUCAUAAUGGCAGAUAUACCGUCAGCUUUUGCUGUCUUCGAUGAUAGAUUCCAUCGACUUCUAGGUCCAUCGCCUUCCCUAGAAUUGCUUCUCGAGCACCACGACUACCCCUUCGCCCACGAAGCCGGAGUCUACCUUCCCUCAACCGACGAAAUCUUCAUAACCAGCAACCAGUUCUUCAACUCAUCUGGUCAGAGAUGCAUCCAGAUCUCGAAAAUCUCCGUCGGUGAUGGAUCCCGAAAAGCGACGCGAGAAGAAAUCUCCUCGGAUGGCGUGCCCAUGGCGAACGGAGGGAUAAACUACAAAGAUGGCAUCCUCUUCUGUGCUCAAGGCUCGGAAACACAGGCCAGUGGGCUCUACUAUAUGUCCUCUUCAUCGCCCUAUACUAGUAACCUCCUCAUUUCCUCGUUCUACGGACGGCCAUUCAACUCGGUCAAUGAUGUUGUCAUUCACAGCGAUGGAAGUAUCUGGUUCACGGACCCGAUAUAUGGGUAUGAACAGGGGUAUCGCCCCAAGCCCGAACUCCCAAAUCAGGUAUAUAGGUACGAUCCAGUCACGAAAGGGAUCAGAGCUAUGGCCGAUGGGUUUGGAAGGCCGAAUGGAAUUGCGUUCUCGCCGGAUGAGAAGACAGUAUAUGUUACCGAUACGGAUUGGAUACAUGGAGAUGGGAACGUAAAUGGGAUGAGACCGUCUACUAUAUAUGCUUUCGAUAUCACUUAUUAUUCGGGCCAGCCGUUUAUGACUAACAGACGCCUGUUUGCAAUGGCUGCUAAUGGAAUCCCAGAUGGCAUCAAAUGCGAUGUGGAUGGGAAUGUUUACAGUGGUUGUGGAGAUGGUAUCAAUGUUUGGUGUCCUGGUGGUGUACUGUUAGGCGCGAUCAAAGUUGAAGGCGGUGCUGCAAACUUUUGCUUUGGACGCGAGGGGUCAUUGUAUAUUUUGAAUGAGAAACGGAUGUGGAAAGCACAGUUGGCAAAGUCUGUUAGAGGGGGUUUACUCAAGAUUUGAAUGAAGGCAGACUGUUAAAGGGUAUUUUGAAGUUGAAUCUCAAAUACUGAU